GAACAAGAGAGAAAGAGAGAUGUCAAUGUUGUGACGUGGUAUCACUGUUAUUUUAUAAAAAAGAAUUCUUUUAUUAUAAUUUUUUUCAUAAAUCUAUAAUUGUUUAAAAUUAUGGAGUUUAAAGUGUUUACUUUGAAUUGCUGGGGCCUCGCGGUGGUCUCUAAAAACAGAAGACGCCGAAUGCAAGCAAUAGCUGAGGUGCUAGCAACUAGCCAGUAUGAUGUAGUUUGCCUCCAAGAAGUAUGGCUCAACUCUGACUUCGAGUUAAUUAGAAACAAAGUCUCAGGGGUGUUACCUUACUCUCACUAUUUCCACAGUGGAGUCACAGGUUCUGGCGUUUGUAUUUUAUCACGACAUCCGAUGGAAGACAUUUUUUUCCACCAGUGGCCAGUAAAUGGUUAUAUUCAUAAAAUCCACCAUGGUGACUGGUUUGGUGGAAAAGGUGUGGGAUUAUGUAAAUUAAAAGUGAAUAAUUACACCGUCAACGUGUAUUCUGCACAUUUGCAUGCAGAAUAUGAUAGAGACUGUGAUGAAUAUCAAGCUCACAGAGUGCUCCAAUCUUUCGAUACCGCUCAAUUUAUCCAAAUGACGUCAGGAGAUGCUGAUUUAGUUGUCUUGGCAGGAGAUUUAAACACUGAGCCUGGAGAUUUAGCAUAUAGGAUAAUGUUAAGUGUUCCAGGACUUGUAGACGCAUUUAGUGAAGCUGGAGAGUCAGUACAAGAUUGUGUGGCUACAAAUGAAAGCCUCACAAAUAGUUACACACCAGUGGCCUUACUCAAGAAAAACAUUCCUGGUAAAAGAAUUGACUAUAUCAUGUACCACCCAGGCUCAAAUUUACAAAUUGAUCUAAAAAGCUACACAUUGCCAUUACCACAUAAAAUUCCUGAAUGUUCAUUCAGUUAUUCAGACCAUGAAGCAAUCGCUGCUACAUUAAUCAUCACAAAAAGUGAAAUAAGGUCAUUGAGAAGUGACCAACACAUGAAAAAAAGUGUUCUUGAAGAUAGCAUAGAAAUUUGUGAUGACGCACUCAGGAGCUUGAAUAAUCACAAAUAUUUGUAUUGUUUUUUUACGUUUGUUUUACUAGUCUUGCUGGUUACAACACUGGCAACUGAUUUGCCUUUUGGUUAUAACUUAAAUUUUAUUUACCAUAUUUGGAAAAUUUUGAUUACACUUUUUAUGUUUUAUACAUUUAUGAUGGCUACUAUUUGGAAUAAAAUAGAGCGCCAUGCUGUGAUUGCUGGGAAAUUAGGAAUGGAGACAGCUUUGAAGAAAUUAAAAGCCAAAGAUAUGUAAUUUAAUUACAUAUAAACAUUGUUAUAUCACUAGGUUAAUUUAAAGGCCAAGAAAUUAUCUAUAUCAAUGCUCAGUAUAAAAUGAACACUAAAAGACCAACAGUAUUGUUGCUCAUUUUCUAUUUUUUAGAUAUGUAUUUUUGUACUGCUUUUUUGCAGGAAUUCUUUUUGAUUUUUGUUGCUUAUGUUAUUACCGUUUUUGUUUCGUUACCAUUUUAGUAUUAAAUUU